CCGCGCGGGUCGCGGGUCACGUUCAGGGGUCGAACCUGCAGCUGUUUGCUGCCCCCGCCACCAUCGCCGCGGGGCGUCCGAACCAUCCGCGGGCUCGCCGGGUGAGCGCGCGCAGACAGGCUCUGAGAGGCACUCCUGAUGCCUCAUUUGCCGCUGGCCCCUUUUCGACCACCAUUUUGGGGACUGAGACCAUCACGGGGCUUCCCCCGGUCUCAGCCUCUUUCUACACAGUCAGAACCUUAUGGAUCCGCCAUCUCCCGGAAAAACCGUGAAGCCAAACAGAAGCGCCUGCUAGAGAAACAUGAGGCACUGGAAUCUGGGAUAGCCCGCAAGAGCAAGCAAUCUCCUGCAGAAUUCAGUAAGGCCUGGACUCCUAAGGAGAUAGUAUUGUAUGAAGUCCCCACCGUACAUGGUGAAAAGAAAGAUGUCUCCCAGCCCUUGCCUCCUGCAUACAGUCCCCAGUAUGUCGAGGCUGCCUGGUACCCAUGGUGGGUGCGAGAAGGCUUCUUCAAACCGGAAUAUCAGUCCAAGUUGCCUCAGGCCACCGGGGAGACCUUUUCCAUGUGUAUCCCACCUCCCAAUGUCACCGGCACCCUACACAUUGGACAUGCACUGACAGUGGCCGUCCAGGAUGCCAUUGUGCGCUGGCACCGCAUGCGUGGGGAUCAAGUGCUAUGGGUCCCGGGCUCUGAUCAUGCUGGCAUUGCUACCCAAGCUGUAGUAGAAAAACAUCUAUGGAAGGAACGAGGAGUGAGAAGGCAUGAGCUGAACCGGGAAGACUUCCUUCAGGAGGUGUGGAAGUGGAAGGAGGAGAAAGGUGGAGAAAUCUGUAAGCAGCUCCAAGCCCUGGGAGCCUCUCUGGACUGGGAUCGUGACUGCUUCACUAUGGAUGUGAGCUCUUCAAUGGCUGUGACAGAAGCUUUCGUACGACUCUAUGAGGCAGGGUUGCUGUAUCGGAACCGGCAGCUUGUCAACUGGUCAUGCGCUUUAAGAUCAGCCAUCUCUGAUAUUGAGGUGGAGAAACGGCCCCUAACAGGCCGCACGGAUCUCCGAUUGCCUGGCUGUUCCACCCCUGUGUCUUUUGGGCUGCUCUUUUCCGUGGCCUUCCCUGUGGAUGGAGAACUUGAUACGGAGGUCUUGGUAGGAACCACGAGACCAGAGACACUUCCUGGAGACGUGGCUGUGGCUGUUCAUCCUGACGACUCCCGAUACACGCAUCUACAUGGGCGACAACUCCGUCACCCCUUGACUGGGCAGCUUCUCCCCAUCAUCACCGACUCUGCUGUUAGGCCAGACCUGGGUACAGGGGUUGUGAAAGUGACUCCAGCUCAUAGCCCUGCUGAUGCCGAGCUGGGGGCCCGGCAUGGCUUCACCCCCCUGAGUGUCAUCGCAGAAGAUGGGACCAUGACCUCCCUCUGUGGAGACUGGCUGCAGGGCCUACACCGAUUUGUGGCCCGGGAAAAGAUACUAUCUGCUCUGAGGGAGCAGGGCCUGUUCCGGGGUUUCCAGAACCACCCCAUGGUGCUGCCCAUUUGUAGCCGUUCUGGGGAUGUGAUAGAAUACUUGCUGAAGAGCCAGUGGUUUGUCCGCUGCCAGAAAAUGGGGGAACAAGCUGCCAAGGCUGUGGAAUCAGGGACCCUGGGGCUCAGCCCGUCCUUCCACAAGAAGAGCUGGCAGUACUGGUUUUCCAACAUUGGGGACUGGUGUGUUUCUCGGCAGCUGUGGUGGGGCCAUCAGAUUCCAGCCUACCUGGUCACAGAGGAGAGUGCACAGGGUGGCACAGAGGACCUUUGGGUGGUUGGACGGACAGAGUCUGAGGCCAGAGAAAGAGCUGCGAAACUGACAGGGAGACCAGGGGCGGAGCUGACCCUGAAGAGAGACCCUGAUGUCCUGGACACCUGGUUCUCUUCGGCUCUUUACCCCUUUUCUUCUCUGGGCUGGCCUCAAGAGACUUCAGACCUGGCUCGCUUUUACCCUUUGUCACUUCUGGAAACGGGCAGUGACCUCCUGCUGUUCUGGGUGGGUCGCAUGGUCAUGUUAGGGAGCGCGCUCACGGGGCAACUGCCCUUUAACAAGGUGCUUCUUCAUUCCAUGAUUCGGGACAGGCAAGGCCGGAAAAUGAGCAAGUCCCUGGGGAACGUGCUGGACCCCCGGGACAUCAUCAGUGGGGUGGAACUGGAGGUGCUGCAGGAAAAGCUGAAGGAUGGGAACUUGGACCCCACGGAGCUGGUGAUUGCAGCCACUGCGCAAAGAAAGGACUUCCCUUAUGGGAUCCCAGAGUGUGGGACAGAUGCUCUGCGAUUCACCCUGUGCUCCCACGGGGCCCUGGGGAGAGACAUGCACCUGUCUGUCUCAGAAGUCCUGAGCUUCCGCCAUUUCUGCAACAAGAUUUGGAAUGCCAUGCGCUUUAUUUACAAUGCCCUAGGGGAAAAUUUUGUACCCCAACCUGCAGAGGAACUCCCUCCCCUAUCCCCGAUGGAUGCCUGGAUCCUGAGCUGCCUUGCCCGCACCGCCCGGGAGUGUGAGCAAGGUUUCCUCAGUCGAGAGCUGUCUCGCGUCACCCAUGCCCUGCACCACUUCUGGCUGCACAACCUCUGUGAUGUCUACUUGGAAUCUGUGAAGCCUGUGCUGUUGCAUUCGCCUCGUCCUUCAGGGCCUCCACAGGUCCUGUUUUCCUGUGCAGAAGUCGCUCUGCGCCUCCUUGCUCCAUUUAUGCCCUUCCUGGCUGAAGAGCUCUGGCAGAGGCUGCCUCCUAGGCCUGGCAGCUCCCCUUCCCCCAGUAUCUGUGUUGCCCCUUAUCCCAGUGCCCGAAGCUUGGCGCACCUGUACCAGCCUGAGCUAGAAGGGCACUUCUCCCGAGUCCAGGAGGCUGUGCAGACACUGAGGGCUCUUCGAGUCACAUAUGGGCUCACCAAGGUCAGACCCCAAGUGCUACUGCAGAUCUCAGAGCCUAGAGAACAGGGCUUUGAGACCUUCUUGGAACCCCUGGGCACCCUGAGCCAGUGUGGGGCUGUGGGCCUCUUACCUCCAGGCACAGCGGCUCCCUCUGGCUGGGCCCAAGCCUCACUCAGUGACACUGUUCAUGUCUACAUGGAGGUACAGGGUCUGGUGGAUCCCCAGACUCAUCUGCCUCUGUUAGCUGCCCGAAGACACAAGUUACAGAAGCAGCUUGAUAGCCUCGCUGUCUCAACCCCUUCAGAGGAACAGGCAGAGAAUCAGAGGCAGCAGAGGAUUUCUUCCCUCCAGGUGGAAUUGUCAAAACUGGACCAGGCGGCCUCUCACCUACAGCAGCUGAUGGUGGUGCCUGUUAGCCCGAGGGAACCCUGAGCUCUAACCUGAGGCUGGCUUUCCUACCUUCCAGAUCUGCCUUUGAGAUGUGACAGCUGCCAGAGUAUCAGAGCACUUCACAGUUUCUCCUUCCUUAUUUUAUAAAUAAGAAAACAGAAUGUCAAGAUCGCAGGACUAGAUGUCCUCAAGACACUCAUAUUCUUGUCUCAGCCUUCCUCCAAACUGGAAUGAGGAAAUUCAGAUAAACUUAAGAUCCCAAACAUA